GUAGAGAAGAAACACCAACAGCGUGGUAACUCUUCAAAGUGAUUUCACAAAUACUGAAAGUGAAAAACAUACUUGUCUUUGAGAAGUCUAAGGCCAAAUGGCCAUACGAGACUCCUCUGUGGAGUUCUGUAAGAAUGAGUCUCAGAAGCACAAAGGCCCCUGGAAAUGCAGAGAGCACUGACCGAAGAGUAUCAGUGAGAGGAGAAAGUCCUCUCAAGGCCCAUUUUUCAGACAAGCCUCACCUUGACCUUGCGUGUGACAUGGCUGAGGCUGAUGUUGGGCUGCGGGGGCUCCAAAAGGCAGCAGGCAGGGCUGGCCAGUUGAAAGUUUCUCUGCAGAGCCUUGACUGUCACUGUCAAGACAUUUGCAAAGGGAAGCCUGAAUGUGCGAGCCAAGGGUGUCACAGUGCCCACGCCGAGGGGUCAUCCUGUGGGCCUGAACACUGUGAAGACAGACUCCAUCCCAAGGACACUGUCCACACUGCAGAGAAACCUUGCAAACGCGAUGGGCCCUGCAGUCAGAACUCAGAGCCACAUCAUCAAAGAGACCACAUGGACCAGAAACCUUACAAGUGUGAGCAGUGUGGGAAAGGCUUCACACGCAGCUCCAGCCUGCUCACCCACCACGCCACCCACAUGGACGAGAAACCUUACAAGUGUGACAGGUGUGGGAAAGGCUUCACACGGAGCUCCAGCCUGCUCAUCCACCACGCAGUCCAUACAGGAGAGAAGCCCCACAAGUGUGACAAGUGCGGGAAGGGCUUCAGCCAGAACUCCAAACUGCACAUCCACCAGCGAGUGCACACAGGUGAGAAGCCCUACGCGUGUGGGGAGUGUGGCAUGAGCUUCAGUCAGCGCUCAAACCUGCACAUCCACCAGCGAGUGCACACGGGAGAGAGGCCCUACAAGUGUGGGGAGUGUGGAAAGGGCUUCAGCCAGAGCUCAAACCUGCACAUCCAUCGGUGCAUCCACACGGGUGAGAAGCCCUACCAGUGCUAUGAGUGUGGGAAGGGCUUCAGCCAGAGCUCAGACCUGCGCAUUCACCUGCGUGUGCACACCGGGGAGAAGCCCUACCAUUGCGGCCGCUGUGGGAAGGGCUUCAGCCAGAGCUCCAAGCUUCUCAUCCACCAGCGUGUGCACACGGGCGAGAAACCCUAUGAGUGCGGGGCAUGUGGGAAGGGCUUCAGCCAGAGCUCCAACCUCCAUAUCCACCAGCGCGUGCAUGGCAAGGACCCUCGCUGAAGACACGCUCAGGCCUUCAGGCAGUAUUGUGAAGGCGGGCACCAGUGGUUCACACCUGUAAUCCCAGCUAUUCAGGAGGCUGCGGUCUGAAGAUUGCAGUCCAAAAACCCAGGCAGGAAAAUCUGUGGGACUCUUAUCUCCAUUAAACUACC